ACAAAAUACGUAGAAAAGAAGAUGAAGAAGAAACAGUAACCAACGAAUAAACAAAGAAACAGCUCCUUCUGACGGGGGCCGAGCUCCAAUUCGUUUCUCUCUCUACCAACAAUCCGCUUCUCUCUCUUCUUUUCAAGAUCCCACGCUUUAUUCACGCACACUUUUUCCUUUCCCUGUGAUUUUUCUGCUGUUGCUUGCAACAACAAAAUCUUGUAUUUUUAUUUUUUCAAAUCUUUCGAAAUUGAGGAGAAGGAGCAGUUCUUGGUGAGGGGAAGAUCUUUGAUUGCUUGAAUCUGUUGAUGGAACAGCUUAUAAACUUCAUCAUUAGGCCGCCAAGAGCUGAAUACAAUCCUAAGAAUGAUUUGCUAGAUCAAGAAUUUAUGCUGAAAGGCAAGUGGUACCAGAGGAAAGAUUUAGAGGUGGUAAAUAGUCGAGGAGAUGUACUUCAAUGCAGCCAUUAUGUGCCUAUUGCCCUCCCUGAAGGAAAACCACUGCCGUGUGUUAUCUAUUGCCAUGGAAAUAGUGGCUGUCGAACAGAUGCCAGUGAAGCUGCUAUUAUAUUGUUGCCUUCUAAUAUAACUGUUUUCACUCUUGAUUUCUCGGGUUCGGGGCUUUCUGGAGGAGAGCAUGUGACUCUUGGUUGGAACGAAAAAGAUGACCUGAAAGCUGUAGUUGAUUAUCUCCGAGCAGAUGGGAAUGUUUCUUUGAUUGGUUUGUGGGGUCGCUCUAUGGGUGCUGUUACCAGCUUGAUGUAUGGAGCUGAGGAUCCUUCCAUUGCUGGCAUGGUUCUGGAUAGUCCCUUUUCCGAUCUGGUUGACUUGAUGAUGGAACUCGUCGAUACUUACAAAGUUCGGCUCCCCAAGUUCACAGUUAAGUUUGCGAUUCAGUACAUGCGGAGAGCAAUUCAGAGAAAAGCUAAGUUUGACAUAACAGACCUGAACACAAUCAAGGUUGCAAAAUAUUGCUUUGUUCCAGCUCUUUUUGGCCAUGCCACUGAUGAUGAUUUCAUACAACCGCAUCAUUCCGACAGAAUAUUUGAUGCCUAUGAGGGGGACAAGAAUAUUAUCAAAUUUGAUGGUGACCACAAUUCUCCCCGCCCUCAGUUUUAUUUCGACUCAAUCUGUAUCUUUUUCAACAACGUAUUGCAGCCCCCUGAGGAUGAAUCAGGGAAAGCAUAUUUCGAUUUGACUCAUGACUAUUUUGGAAAGGGUAGUUGGAGCGAUUUCCGCGAUAUGGAUUUCUCAGAUCAGAUACUAGGUUCAUCUGCUGGUGCAGCCGCUAGUAGCACAGAGGAUGCCAUUAGGCAGCUUCGUUCGAGACGACCUAUGAGCAUGAUUGUGGUUCCUGCAGAUAUGUCGACAGAAGACAAACAAACCGAUGGGCAGGUGGAAAAUAGAGAUUCUGAUUCGCACGCUUCAUCGUCAAAUAUGAUCAGCUUUGAACUCUCUGGUGCCAGUCCGAACAGUUCCCACAUGCCGGCAGGAUUAGAUGACGACGAUUAUGUGGAGUACUCGCUCGAUACUCUGGCAGAUUUCCCGAGCAACGCCGAAGAAGAAGAAAGGAUGCUAAUGGAAGCUAUGCUCGAAUCGCUCAAGGAUAUCGACGCCGGAAACUCUCCAACCGACGAAUCAUCGUCCAGCGGCUGCAGCAAUCUCGACACAGAUCCAAAACUGGCAUCGGAGAAUAUACACAAAGAUUCCAACCCGGAAACAUCAAAAUGUGGGCUGACUCUUGAAAUAGGGACACCCGAAACCCAUCUUCCGGACAGUAACCAAAAUGGACCCGGCGCGGACAUAAUCGAUAGUUCGAAAGAUCCCAAAACUGUAGCAAAUUAUGUCGAAAAGGAAACAACGAACAAGCCGUCGAGCAAUCAGAGCUCGUCGGAAGCAGACAUGGCGGAUCAGACCAAAGUCACCGUACGAGUCGAGAAGAGCCCGUCGAGCAACAUCAUGGAUGGUCUGUUACGCCGGUGGGAUCUCAACUUCUUCCGGAACAGAUGAUCGGUGUACGUCGUCGUAGUCAUCGCCGCCGCCGAAAAAUUGGGAAAGUAAGUUGAUGCAUUUUUAGUUGAUGGAUAGAAGAAUUUGUUGUUGUAACUACAUAUGAAAGGAUGGAUCUUAUUCUUGUGUACAGUUCAUUUGUGUUUAUGAAUUAUAUAUAUAUAUAUAUAUCGUCAUCAAUCACAAUAUACUUAUGCUAA